AAUCACUGGAUGGCGAUCUUCACAUAUCGACAGAUCCCAAAAUCUCCCCAUACAGGCCCUUCCCGCCUGUUCUGAGCGCACACUAUCAGUGGAAGAUAAUCACCCCAACAUUUCACCUUGGAGAUACUAUAGACAAACGACUGUUCGCGGUUAAGGUCCACACGGGCUUUGGUGGGCAUGGACCUGGAAGACCAGGCGUGGUUCUGCAUAAUGGGCCUACCGAUAAGUACCCAAUGCUUGCCGCUGCCGGCGACGAACUCCGUGCCAACGUCUACUCACUCAGCGGGAUUAUUACGCUGCCCCCAUUGUCAGGAAACAUUUCUGACGGGAACCGUACGGAAAUAUUGCGUGCCGCGAUAAGUUUGGGCACAGCAGUAUUUCGAUUCUCGAUUGAGGUCGGGCAAGAUAAGGAGUUAUGGCGCGAAGACUUCGAGUGGCGGAAGAGCAAAGGCAGCGAGGAUAAGAUCCUGGUCGACGCGCCGUGGAAGUGUGGAUUCAAACUCGUCAGACUUUCCCCUCGGACCGGAAAGGAUGAUGAGAUACUCCAGAAGAUUUCAACCCAAGAUCAAGAAUUAGUUGCUGUGUUCGCCUGGAAUAGCAACUUGCAUCUGAUGGAUCCUUUCAAGAUCGUAUUCAGGGGGAAUGGCCGGACAGGUGUGCUGGGAGAGAGAUUUGCACUUAUGACUGUGAUCACGGGCUUGAGAUUAUGGGGUCUUAAGCAGCAGGGAAGGACCUCCGAGAGCAAAAUCGCAUCCGGGGAAGCUAGAUAUGUGCCUGGUGCUACUGGGUAGAUGCAAAAAGCAUAGGGGGCGUGAUUAGUGAG